AUGUGCUGCUCGCACACGCUGCAGCGCACUGCACGCAUCAGCAUCGUCAUCAACUCCGACUGGGGCAUACCUUUGAAUCGCUCAUUCACUAAAGACGUGGCUGCGGCUGAGCCCACGGGAGACUACCCCGAAGUUAUGCGCGAGCGCAUUGGUGAUCGUCUACCGAAUUUUACGGAAGAGCAGAGUGCCCAACUUAAAGGCUCGUAUGACCUUCUCAUGCUUAAUUACUACGCCUCGUAUGCUACGACGGGCUGUGAUUUAGAAAGAUCCGAGACAAAUUGUUCGAGUUUGACACUUGGAUGGGCAACGGACCUCGGAGUUGAUGACUCGCGUAACCCUGACGGCGCUCGUCAUGCCUAUGGAAGUAUUAUGGAUGCUGACAGUUGUUCAGCUGAUUCUGGGUACCCUCCGGGGUACAUCCAGGCCAUCCGCUUCUUGCACGAGCAUGAUACAAAUGCGGACAUUCUUCUGACUGAGAACGGAUGGUGUGGCAAUGAAACUAUUGACACCCCGACCAGGACUGGUAUCUUCGCACUCAUUUGGAGCAAGUGCACAAGGCUAUUUACGAGGAGGAUAUCCCAAUCAUCGGUUACACGGUCUGGAGCUUCAUGGAUGGCUUCGAGUGGACCAAUUACGCUGGACGUCUACACUGCUCUGCCUACACAGCUCACGCGUAUCCAACGUUCGGCUGGUGCCUGGUACCCGAAUGUGGCUACUACGGGGUGUUUUGAGCAGGAAGAGGAGGACGAACAGUAUUUGGUGUAG